AUGGUGGCUCUUCAGGCGCUGUUUGACCUGCCUACUCGCCUUUUAAACGCGUUUAUUUUGCAAGAGGCCUCACAGGAUGAUAAUUUGGACGAUGAAGAAGUUGAGUUACCUACACCAGCCCUCAAAACGUCGAAGGCGACAGAUUACAACGACAUUGUCGUGGACAUCACUGAAGAACAACCUGGUGACGACCAUCGCAAAGCAAGGCGCAACCUAGCAGCCAAAAACAGGCGUAAAAAGAGACGUGCGGAGGCUAAACAAGGACCUCUCGCGUAUCAUAAUCCACGAGAGCAUCCGCGGCACAAAUCGGGCUCGAAGGCGCAAUACGUCGAUUUUAACACAGGCGACAUUCCAGUGGUUCAAACUGGAUACACCGCUUUGGAUCGGGGCCUUGGAAGCCGUCGGGUGUACAAGCUUGCUGAGUUGGUAGGGGAAAAGUCGAAGUUCAAAUUCACGUUGGUUAAGGCUCAAUCGUACGCCCACUUACUUUUAUCUUUGGAACUUGAACUGAAAAACAUGAACCUCAGGGCGUCUAUUCCAAUUAUUGACUCAGAAAAUCACAUCAUCGGCGUCAUCGCAAACCACCCGAAGGAUGAAUCCUGGGCCGAGCUUCAAAAACAAGCGGCAGAUGCUCUAGAAAGGAACAGAUCUGGCUGCCAUGUUCCUCCCAAAGAACGUACACACCGACGAGGAAAGUUCACGACACUGCGCGCUGGGGUAUCUCACGGAGGGGGCCAACGCGCACCUGGUAAUCUGAAGAAUCAGAAAGGAAAUGCGAAGAUACUUGAAGAACUCAAUAGUCUCGAGCCUUUCAAACGAUUUGCGGGCUUUGCUUCAUCUGUUAUGCAUACAUGGUUCAAGGAUCUGUACAAUUAUUACGCCUCGACGCUCGACAAGCUUCAUACCGAGUACCCACUUCUUCAGCGAAUUUUUCCUCAGAGUAUAUUCAGCGCCGUAUCUUACAACCUCGGACCAUGUACCGCAUGCUUUCCUCAUAAGGACUUUGCCAACCUCGCCUUUGGAAUGUGCGCGAUCACCGCUUUAGGAGACUUUGACCACACCAAGGGCGGUCAUUUGAUACUCUGGGAGCUCAAACUGGUCAUAGAGUUCCCGGCUGGGUGUACCAUCUUGAUUCCGUCGGCCUUGCUUACCCAUUCCAACGUACCCGUCUCAAAACAUGAACGUCGAUAUUCCUUUGCACAAUAUACUGCUGGCGGGAUUUUCAGAUGGGUGGAGAACGGCUUCAAAUCGCGAGAAGAAUAUCUGUCAACAUUGUCGAAGGCCCAACUUGAAGAGGAUGUUGAGAAGAAUACGAACAGAUGGAAAUUUGGGCUGUCAUUACUGUCGGAUGUACUGAAAAACAAUCAUAUGAACGAGGGAGUACUGUAA